AUGAUCCCUGUUGAGCAAAAGGGCGCCUUCCACCAGUUCCUCAAGUCCCUCGCCUCUUUCUCUGGAGACCUGUCUUCUCUUACCUGUCCUGCAUUCUUGCUUGCUCCAGUAUCACUCAUCGAGUAUUCUGAAUAUUGGACUCAGCAGCCGGAGCUCUUUGCAGCUAUUCCACAGGCGGAUGAUGAAUUAAAGCGCAUGUUGGCCUUUAUCAAGUGGUUCAUUUCUUCUCUUAAUGCAUCUUACUCUAGCCGUGUUCCCAAAGGCGAGUGGGAGAAGAAACCCUAUAACCCUGUCUUGGGCGAGCAGUUCUUUAUGUCCUGGUCCGAUGUCGACGGUUGUGGCGAGACCAACGUAAUAUGCGAGCAGGUGUCUCACCAUCCCCCUAUAACCGGCUUCUUCAUCGAAAACGCCAAGGCCGGAAUGUCACUCAAUGGACACACUGGACAGAAAACCCGCUUCUCUGGAACCUCACUUAUCUGUGACCAGGUCGGACAAAGCGUUGUAACCCUCAAGAACCGUGACGAAUCCUACCUAUUCACCAGUCCCUCCCUUACUGUCAAUGGCAUCUGGUAUGCAGCUCCUUAUGUUGAACUGACUGGAACUUCCUACAUCCAGUCAACCACUGGUCUCUACUGCUCAAUCGAAUAUUCUUCGCGCGGCUGGAUCUCAGGUGAAAGAAAUCAUUUCAAGUGUUACCUACGCAAGAACGGCGGAAACCCCAAGGAGUAUGUGUACAAGAUCGAGGGUCAGUGGAGUGGAAAGUCUACCAUCACAACACACGGAAGUAAGACAUCUGAGCCUUUCUUGGAUGUCACUAAGCUUAAGCCAGCCGAAAUGAAGGUCAAAGAUAUGUCAGCACAGGGUGAGCGUGAGAGUCGUCGUAUCUGGCAAAAGGUGUCUGAUGCUAUCCGUGCUGGCGAUGUUCAGACUGCUGGCAUAGAGAAGUCCAAGAUCGAAAACCAGCAGCGUAUAGAGCGGUCGGAGCGUGAGGAGAAGGGUAUUGCGUGGGAGCCAACUUACUUCCAUUGGAUUGAUAACGAGCCAAAGGUUCAGUCCCUGCAGCGUAUGCUGAAUUCUACCGUCAAGACAAAAUAUGAGCCUGCCACACAAGGCAACUGGGUCUUCAAGAAAUAA